AUGGCCGCUGAGAAAAAGAUCGAGGCUGAAGAUGUAGUCAAUUCAAAACCUGGUGUAACAAAUGACGAAUUUAAUCAGAAGACAUCAAAAAAACCACACGUUAAAAAUAAGCGUAGAAAAAAAAAGAAAAACGAUUCGAAAGCAACUGGAGUCACGACACAAAAUAAUAACGUGUCAAAUAACACUGAAAACGGACAAUCUUCAGAAAUUGAUGAUUUGGAAAAUGUGGAAAUUGAGUACGUAUUACAACCUCUGGAUGUAACUAACGAUCCUAACUAUGAAGAAUUCUCAAAGGUUUUUGCCCAUUUUCAGAUAACCCAAGACGAAACUGAG